AUGCGUCUGUGGGAGGCUUGGGCUGGCCAAAACCGCUUCUGUUGCGGUGGAUGGCUCAUGUUGCCAGGGACAUUCUUCCCUUGCAUUCUUGCACUCCCCAUAGUGGUUGGGAUUUGCGCGGCUUUCUUCAUCCUUGAGCUUCCAAGAGUGCCCGGCUCGAUCGCCGUUGGGUUGGCCAUAUCAGGCGCCGUACUUCUCGUCGUUUCCAUCCUGUCGUUUCUGUGCACCGCGACAACAGAGCCCGGCAUGAUACCAAGGGCUUCGGGACUUACGGCUCUGACGUUGUCGUCGACGGGUCGACGCAGCGUGGAGAUUCUCUGCAGGGAAUAUGCAGCAUCCUUCUCGGAGCCACCUCCAGGGAGGGAUCCGGAGUUCAGCAGCUACUCGGCAGCGGUCUCUGCAGCUAUGGAGGAGAAGCUGCUUCGGCAUGUGCAAACUUUCCCCACCUUCGAGGAGGAUGAAGAGCCAACGCCAGCUGCAAUUGAAGAGGUGAGCCAGUUCUGGGCCCGCAUUUUCCAGGACAAGCGCUUCAAGCAGUUGAAAUGGUGCUCAACCUGUGAGAUACGGCGGCCUGCUGGUUGCUCUCAUUGCAGCCACUGUGACAACUGUGUCCGCGGCUUUGAUCACCACUGUCACUGGGUGGGCAACUGCAUUGCCACUCGCAGCCACAAGUGCUUCUUGAUUUUUCUCAUUGCAACGACGUUCUUGGCUUCCCUUGUCGUCACAACAUGUCUGGCAGACAUCGCAAUCGCAUUUGUUGAUCAUUGCAAGCAGCAUCCGGAUCUGCUAGGAAGCUUCCAGCACAAGGUCCUGACCGGACUCUUUGCCACAGGCAUCAUGAUUCUCGUGGCGACCCUGCUCUGCAGGCUUGCUCAGCCUUACUACAAGACUUGGUCCCGGAAGAGCCGGCAGCAGCCUUCGCGCGUCCUUCUCCAAGCUCAAGCGAUAGGACUGGCGAGUUUGCUGGGCUUGACAGCAGUCUGGAUUGGCCUUGCGGCCCUGUACGGAGUUCUUCCGCUCGUGCCAGUGAUGCUCCUGGCUGUGACCAUGGCAUUUUCUUAUGGUCUUUGCCAGAUGCUGCUUCAACAAGUUUCCAACUUAGGCCAUGGGCUUACUCUCAAGCAGCGUGUCGUGCUGGAGAACCAUCCAGAGACCAGAGGCAACCGUAGUGAGUUCAAUUUGAAAACGUUCUUUGCCUUCUUCACGAAGUCAUGGGCACCCAGCCUGGUGCCUUUCCACGCGGUUGUGUCCAGCAGGAUCCUGAACCGAGAUGCCAGCGAGGCAUCGCUCGCAAGCCAGGAGGAAGACUUGGAGGUCGGGGCUUUUUGCCCGAACCUGGCCUUGCCCUUUCUUCAAGUUCCCACUGUGAAGUACUAUAAGCCAGUCAAUGAACCGGCAAUCUGCCCAAUCCAUACCACGACAUCUCCGACUGCGAGGGGAUCCUUCGCCUCGAUGCCAGCGUGA